UUCGAGAAAUACAAAGUUAUACAUGUUUCUCGCGGUCAACGUGGAUUCGAACGGGUGAAAUCUGCCCCUGCUCCUACUUUAGCCUCCACUCCUCUUCUACUCGCACUCACACGACGAUGGCAAGGUUUUUGCACACCAAAGAAACGUUAGACGAACCUUGAAUUGAUUAGUAUUGUUCAGGAAUCGACAAGACCCGACUAGACCGACGAUGCGAGUCGUGGCGAGCAGGAGCGUGUUGAAAUAUUUUCGUUAAUCGUUCGAAAACGUCGCCUUCCCCCUCUACUAUUUAUCUAUGCGGAUCCGUCCAAAUACCUGACACGAGACUAAUUGUUGUUCCACCGAUAGUAUGAGCGAAUCAGGUACAUUGCAAUGGGAGGAUUACAUGGUCAUAGCAGCCACGCUGGUCAUAAGUAUAGGUAUCGGUAUUUACUAUCGAUUCACUGGUGGACGUCAAAAGACAAUGGAGGAAUAUUUCAAUGCCAGUCGAUCCAUGAGCAUAGUACCUGUGGCAAUAGCCCUGGUAGUUUCCUUCAUGUCUGCCAUCACGCUAUUAGGUGUUUCUGCUGAGAACUACACGUAUGGAACACAAUUUGUAGCAAUCAACAUAUCGUACCUGAUUGGAACACCUCUGGUUUGCUAUGGAUAUUUACCAGUAUUUUAUCAACUACAAGCCACAAGUGCCUAUGAGUACUUAGAGAAACGCUUUGGAGCAAAAGCUAGGACAAUGGCUAGUUUCGUGUAUUGGGUUCAGCUACUUUUGUAUUCAGGCGUCGUGCUUUAUGCCCCUGCUUUAGCGUUAGAAGCCACCACGGGAAUUUCUAAAACUGCCAGUAUUAUCAUAAUCGGGCUUGUUUGCGCCAUGUAUUCGAGUAUAGGAGGCAUCAAAGCUGUGCUAAUAACCGAUGUGUUUCAAGGACUGCUUAUGUUCGUUGCUGUCUUUAUUAUCAUUGGCACAGCCGCUAAAGAAGCUGGAGGAUUAGAAGACAUUUGGCGAAUAGCGGAGGAUGGCCACAGAAUCGAGUUCGACAGUAUUUCUGUAGACCCUACGGUGCGCCACACUUGGUGGUCGCUCAUUAUCGGAGGUUUGUGCACAUUCUUGUCGCUGUAUGGGGUGAAUCAAGUCCAAAUACAACGCAUGAUGACAGUCAAGGACAUGAAAGCAGCACAGAGAGCGCUCUGGAUAUCCUGGCCAAUUUUAACGCUACUUUCGAUCACUACGUGUUUCUCAGGGUUGGCGAUAUACAGCAAAUAUUAUAGAUGCGACCCUCUUACUAAGAAACGAAUAUCGUCGACUGACAUGCUGAUGCCUUUGUACGUUAUGGACACCAUGUCUGACAAGCCUGGACUCCCCGGUCUCUUUGUUGCAGGCAUUUUCAGCGCUGGCCUAAGCACUAUUUCAGCGGCUCUGAAUUCUUUAGCGGCGGUAACAGUAGAGGAUUACUUGAAACCUGCCUGUAAAAUGUGCCGAGGCAAUGAUUUUUCGCUUUCAACGUCAUCGAAAUUGGCCAAAUUGCUCGCCUUCACGUAUGGUAUCUUUUCAAUAGCGCUGGCCUUCUUAGCUCAGUUCUGGGGUAGCGUUUUGCAGGUCAGCUUGACGAUAUUCGGCAUAGUGGGAGGGCCAUUGUUAGGCCUGUUUACUCUUGGCAUGCUCACGGAAACUGCGACAGAAAUUGGAUCGGUGACGAGCGCCAGUGCGGCUUUAGCUUUUUGCUUCUGGAUUGCUUUCGGAUAUCCCAGGCCAAGUCCACCGAUUUUGCCAGUGUCUAUCGAAGGCUGUGCUGAUAAUGCGACCAUCUCUGCUUCGAAGGCAUUCACAACGUUUGCACAGAGUACAGGUGACUCGUCUUAUCUCUACUUAUACCGUAUCUCGUACAUGUGGUACGGUCCACUUGGGUUCGUGAUAACGUUCGCGAUAGGACUAUCGUUCAGUUACUGCCUAAAUCUGCUGUCUAAGAAAGAGAAGGUCGAGUUGGACCCCAAUCUGUUCUUUCCUGUAAUAAGGAACCGUAUAUACCGAAGACGCGAACAAACGUUGAGAUCAAAGAGCAACGAAACGCCAAAGGAUACCUCAGCACAGAGGAAGUAUAUGUUUACUGAUAACAAGCCUGCCAGCGAAGAGAAUAUGGACGAAGUUUGUACCACGAAAAUAUAGGGCAAUGCCUUUGACUUAGCCUUUGUUUAUUUUAAAUGUUGACAUUCCGUAAAUACCUUGAUGGAUUGCUACUUAACAAAUAGAUUGCUCAACUGUUUAGAUGUCGAGUAAAUGUCUUCCAUAGAUUGUCUUUAAACUGCCACUUUUGUAUCUUUCUUAUUUUUAAACAUACCGAGCGAAAUUUAUAUCGACACUUGAUUGUCACGUUUACGCGCUAUGCUACUUAUCACGCAACGUUCCUAAUCUUUAUAUGAUGUAUAAAUUCGAUUCCAAUGUAACGAAUUGUAUUACGUAUUUAUUAAUGUUGUUCACAUCGCUGGUCGAGUCGAAGUUUACAUUGAAACUAAAUUGAUUAAAAUAUUAGAGUAGAGUAUUAUUACUAAUUGUUUUAAGUUAAUGGUACUUUUGUGUCGUGUAAUUUAUGUUGUUUCAUUAAAGUGACGUUGAAUUUAGAA